AUGGAGGCUCAAGGCACCGACGACAGUGCGCUGUAUUCAGCAGCCGAGGCAGCAGGCAGAUCCCGUAAUUUCAGAAAGAAUUACUAUCGGCUCGUCGGUGUCCAAACUGUCGAGGUCAAAGUCUCGUUGGAAAGUGCGUUCGCUGGAGAUGUGUUGGAUCUAGAAAGGCUUACAAAGCUCUGUCUAUGGGUUCGAAUUCCGCAUUUGUAUCGCCCAUUGGUUUGGAAGGUCUUGCUCGGAGUCUUGCCAACAUCAAAGGACGUAUGGUCGUACGUUGAAGACCAACGAAGCCAGCAAUUCCAGGACUUGAAGCGAGCUGCCCAAUUCAUCUACCCACCAACCCAUCGCAACAAGAAAUCUCUCAAGGAUUACGAUAAUGUGGAUUUGACUGCUGAUUUGAUGGUUCGGAUGCUGCUUAUUCAGUUGAAUCGGUUGACUCCUCAUCGUGUAGUUCAGUACCCAAGCCCAAAAUUUCAGAACUUGACUGCCAUCGCAUCGUGCUUUUUAGACAUUUGUGAUUCGGUAACAGAAGCAGAUGCGUUUUGGUUGUUCAAGUUCUUUGUAAGACGCGAGUUGAGUAUGGUCGAGUUUCUGGAUGGGAGUGAAGAGAACGCUAUGCACCAAAAGACACGGAUAACAGACUCGGUCACGCAUCUAUGGAAGCUGCUUCAAGAACAGGAUGCGGAUUUGGUAGAGAGACUGGAGGAUCUGGAUGUGGAUUUGGAGGUUUGCUGUGAAAGGUGGUUUGCAAACUAUUUCGCAGAAAUACUGCCACCAGAAAGUUUAGAACGUAUCUGGGACAUCCUAUUUGGCGGCCGCCCAGCCAUUCUCAAUUACGUGGCACUCUGUCUCAUCCUCGCAGUCCAACGGCAAAUUCAAGCUGCUAGAGGUCCACGAGACGUACAAACCUUGUUUGGAAAUAUUGGCAGCCAAGUGAAUCAUAACGCUGUUGUGUCCUCUGCUAUUGAUUUGUGGGAGAAGCCAUUGAUUGCUUCUAUGGGUGACGAUGCGAGAAAGGCGCUGGGGUAUUGA